AUGACUGUCAUCACCACGCCCCCAAAGCCCAUCCAAUCCCCCGCUGACAUCACGGAAGAGGAUCUCGCCAAUAUCUUGCCCCCAAAUCCCUCCGUUGGACUAGCUGAACGCUACUUCAAUGUCAAUGGGUGUCGUCUUCCUGAGUUAAUGGCCAUGGCAAUGGGCCUCACUUCUGUUGAUGGACGUGAACUGGGCAAUACUGACAUUGAACCUUUUGUUAGCAUGAAGUUCCACAAAAAGGUGGUGCCCACGGCAAAGGAUUUGAUGGAAGAAAUCAAGCGCCGCUGCAAGGUUGACAGCAGCAAGAAGGCACCCUCGUGCAGGCACUGGAACAAGGACAAGCUCGUCAGUUGGUUGAAGGAGAACCCAAUGUCUGACGUGAUUGAUCGCGUCUUUGUGCAACUUGAAGAAGAAAAGCUCUUCAACAUGUUGACAAAGGCCGCAGAAGAGAAGACUGAAACAGCCAAAAAGAACCAGACUGGAGCUUGGGUGACCCUCGAGCCAUACCUCAGGCUCAUUGAGUGCUUCUUCCACGAUGAUAACCGCGAACUCCUGAUGAAAACGAACAAGGCAUUGACAAGGGAUGAGUUGGACGCCAGAAACUCUGACCAAAGGCCUGUUGAUUACUGGGAGGCAGUCGCUCGUAUGUUCAAUGAUGACAGCUAUGUCUUUUUUUCUCGCAUGUUACCUGAACUGCAUCCCACUUUUGCGGAUGUCAUUGACCUUUCGUUCGACAAAGUGCCAGGUACCAUCAGUGCCCAAGAAGCCAGACGCAGGUUCAGCGACUGUCGUGCCAAGCUGGUCAAAAUUGUUUCCAAGUGGGAGCUCAGCGGUAAUGGGUUCGGUCAGAGGACAACAGAAGAGCCCCAGUUCGGUCACAUGGAAGAAGAACAGCUCGAGGAAGGGGACAAUCGUUCGAGCUUCCUUGAUUCUGGAACUCGCGAACACAUCCUGUAUCUCUGGCAUGUGGCGGACACUGAGGAGGUCAUGAAGACAGUCUUGAGUAUUAUCUCGGUCAACUGUGCUGCUGAUUCGGAGAGUUGCCAGUCUACUAUGGGAGAUGACAACGCUUCUGUCAACAGGAGGAAGAGAGAAGCCGAAGUUCGUGCCGUGGCUGAGUUUCGUUCUUCCAUCAGCGAUGCUCUGUCCAACAUGUCCCACGCCGCUUUGUUGACCGAGCUACGUGAAGCUGAGAAUCGCUGCGUCAUGUACGAAGAACGGGCCCUCACUACCGAACUACCUCGUGUGAAGAAACUCUAUGACGAAACUGUCAGGAAGCUUGAGAAGCGAAUCACAAAGAUCCAGGAAAUGGUGGAUGCCAUCAUGGAGCAGAAUGCCAAGCGCCAAAGGACCGAGGAAGUCCAAGAUACCGAGGAGGAAGAUAGCAUUGCCCAGGAGAGUGGAAGCACUGGCUAUUGA